AUGCCACAAACUUAUGAACUAAACAAUGUAUACGAUUUGCUUAACAGUAGAUAUUUUUCUAAUGAUAAAGAUAUAGAUAUGAAAAGAAAAACCUUAAAAGAGGCAAUUGAUAAAUAUUGCCUCCGUUUAAAGGAUCAAGGACUAGCUAUAACUUGUUCAGAAGAUCAUAAACCACAAUUACCUGAACCAAAAAUCUUGACUAUGUAUAAUUGCCCAGCAACUUCUUAUGAUUUUUGGGUGUCUAACGGCUGUAUUGAUCAGUUGUCAACGGUUGAUAACUGUCAAGAUACAAGAUUACAGAGUGCAAAAAUAUUUCAGCAAUAUCUCUUAACACUUACAUCAACUUACACAAGUGCUAUUUAUUCUUGUCCUAAGGUUGAUGUUGAUUUAUUUAGGACGGCAGUUUAUGCUUGUCCGGUAGUUACGGAAGGUCAUCCACAAAGAAAUUUCGCUUGUGAAAGAUUUGAUGUUUCAAAAAGAACUAUCUAUAAAUGCCCUUUUAAUCCUUAUAUUGAUGCUUCUCAUGACGUUGUCACAAUUGCUAUAGAAUUCAUAAAAAAUGAAAAAGAGGGAAAAUUGUCAAAAACCUCUGUUGGUGAACAUGGACAACAAGAAUCUAGUUUACUAUUAGAACUAAAAUUAAGUAUUAUGGUAAACAAAAUAAAAAACAACCAUGCCACACAAUCUAAACCACAACGAUUAAGUGAUAAAGAGAUGCGAGAAUUAUUAACCAAACUAAAAAAGGAAGCUGAUAAAACCCCUGAAGAAAAAGGUAGUUUUAGUUUAGAAAUAUAUUUUGAACACUUAAUUAAUGCUACUUAUCGAACUUAUCAAGAUUCUUUAAUUAAAAAGUAUGGUGAUAUUUAUCCUUUGCGUUCAGCAAUAAUUAAAUUUGGUGGUUUCCAAUUAAGUUAUGAUUGGUAUGGAAGAACUAGAUUAGGAAAAGAGGUAAUAGGUAACCUUACUAUUUACACCAAAGAAAUUCACUUAAAUAGUUUGUUUGCUCAUCGCUUAGCAGGUUUGCAAAGCGAUAUUCCUAAUUUUUCAAAACUUUUUGGAUUUAGUAAACUAAUUAACUCUAUCGCUCAUGAGUUAGCUCAUUGCUUAAUGGCUAAUUAUAAAUUACAAUUUGGUUAUAAACAUGAUAAGGCACACUCUAGUUUAACCCAAGACGUCGAAGCAUUUAUGUUAUCCUUGCCCGAAGUCAAGGAAUUAGGAAGAUUGCAAAAAUCUUAUUGA